AUGAAACUGCUCAACUGUACUAGCCUCGAAAUUGAGGAGUAUUAUGGGUCAUCGAUUCCCGAAAAGUAUGCGAUAUUGUCCCAUACUUGGGAAUCUGGCGAGGCUAGCUUUCAAGACGUCGGCAAUACCGAGGUUAUGGCUAGCAAGUCAGGCUGGGCGAAAAUCAAGCAAGCAUGCCGUCUAGCUCUUGAUCAGGGUCACUCCCACGCGUGGAUUGACACGUGCUGUAUCGACAAGACAAACUUUACGGAGCUGACUGAAGCUAUCAAUUCCAUGUUCAAAUGGUACGCGAGGUCAACAACAUGCUACGCGUAUCUGGCGGAUAUCGGCGCCGACGAGUCUUUGCAGUUCCAAGAUUCGCGCUGGUUCACGCGCGGGUGGACCUUACAGGAACUUAUUGCGCCACGUCAAGUCGAGUUCUACGACAAGAAUUGGAACUUUCUGGGCACGAGAGCUGAUCUCAGCAACAAGAUGGAAGAAAGAACUGGCAUCGAUAAAGACUUUUUGACCAAUACAACUGAAGCUGUGGAAGAUAUGCUUUCUGACAUCCCCAUCGCUCGUCGCAUGUCUUGGGCAGCGGACCGGGAAACUACUAGGGAUGAAGACCUCGCCUACUGCCUUCUGGGCAUCUUCGGCGUUAACAUGCCACUUCUUUACGGCGAAGGUCCAAGGGCUUUUAUGCGAUUGCAAGAAGAAAUUAUCAGAGAUACCCAUGACACGUCAAUAUUUGCCUGGAGCCACCCGAAUCCGAAAUCAACCGUUCCAAACCAGACCCCGCAGCUCCUGUUUGGCGUUUUAGCAACAUCACCUAGGCUGAGGGACUUCUAUGGAGUUGUGCACUUUAGAGUUGUCAUACUAGAAAGCGGGUCCGGUGGGUGGAAUUCCGUUGGCCAGGACUUUGUCGUGGCUACUUGGUUCCAGGGCGGCGGUCUAGACCAGCCCGAAAUGCGUCUGGCUACUUCGACAGAGCGCAAUGAGCUUUACAACGCAGUGAUGACGAGGAACACUGAUUCGUGGCAGUCUCUUUGCAUGCGGCAGAAGGUGCAGCCCGUCGACGUGUGGCUUGAAGAGGACAGGACAAAGCAGCCGCGACGUCUUGUCGGUCGUGUCAAGUCAAAGCUUACUGAGAAGUGGAGGCAAAAUGAGCCAGUUGAGUGGACCGGACCGCAUGGAUGCGCGGGCAACUUCUGCUUAUACGCCAACCGGGGCUUUGCGGCCGGACGAGGGGUGGUCAUCAUCUCAACGCUAGAAAAUGUGCAAAAGUUGAAAGGAAUGGAGGCCAAAUUCCAGAUCGCGGAUGAUCCGAGUGCCUCAAAACCGUCAUUUCGCGUCACUGAGGUGGAGGGCAAGGGGCUGGGCAUGAUCGCCAACAAGUCGCUCGCCCGAGGGGACACAGUCAUGCUGAAAACGCCAGUCCUCAUCGCCCAUCGCGCGUUCAUCGAACGGACACCGCCGGCAGAACAGCACCCUCUCCUCGACUUCGUGGCGCAGCUACUCCCAGCAUCAACACGGGAGACAUUUCUCGGCCAGAUGGGCCACUUUGGCGGCCACAAGGUCGUCGACAUCAUGCAGACCAACUCGUUCCAGAUGGACCUCGGCGGAGGAGCUCAGGGUGACGGCCACCACUACGGCAACUACCCCGAGGUGUCACGGUACAACCACGACUGCCGGCCCAACGUCGCCUUCCACAUCGGCGCCGACGGACGUCACCAGACGACGGUCGUGCGGCCGGUGAAGUCGGGUGAGGAGCUCACGAUCUCGUACCUCGACCAGCUGGGCGUGCGGUCCGAGAGACAGCACCGCGCGAAGCUGGCGUGGGGAUUCGAGUGCGGGUGCUCGCAGUGCAGUCUGGCGAAGAAGCAGGCGGCGGCGUCCGACCAGCGGUUGAUGGAUAUCCAGGAGAUUGAUAGGUCGCUUUCGGAUAUCAACGCCCGGGUGACGACCGCGCUCAUUGAGAGGUUUCUGAAGCUGCACAAGGAGGAGAGGCUGGAGUCGAAGCUCGCGGGCGCGUAUACCAUCGCAGCGCUCAACUUCAACCUGCUCGGGCAUGCGAAGCAGUCCGUCAAGUAUGCAAAGCUGGCGGUGGAGGCAGGGUUAAUGGAGAAUGGGCCAGGUACGGCAGAUGUUGAGGCCAUGCAAAAGCUAGCAGCUGAUCCCAAAGGGCAUUUUACAUGGAGGGGAAGGACAUUCAUGAACAUGCCGAUUGGGUUCCACACCACGGGGUUGUGCCCUUCCGCCGGCGGCGGAGGUCCCGCUACGAAUGGCGGUCUCGACAACGGAUGGCCGGCACUAAAGACGCCGUCGAGGCCAUGA